CCGGCGGGCGACGGCGGAGGAGGCGGCCGCCCGCGCUGUUGCGCUCGCCCCGCCGCCGCCGCCGCCCGGCGAGCCGCGAUGCGCAGAGGGGCCGCGCCGCCCCGGGGCCGCCGCCGCCGCGCCGCACCAUGAAGCUCCGCAGCAAGGCGGCGGCGCUGCUCCUGCUCGCGCUGGCCGCGCUGCUGCUCGCGCUGCUGUCCCUGCGCGCCGGCCGCGCCGAGCCCCCCGCGCCGCCCGCGCGCCCCGCGUCCGUCCCGCAGCGCCACCCCGCGCCGGCCCCCCAGCGCCUCCCGGGCCCGGGCGCCCUCCCGGGGGCCCGCCCGCGCGCUCGGCGGCGCCGGCCCCCGCGUCCGCGCCCCCGUGCCGGCCGCCGGGGCGCCGCGAGCCUGGAGAAGUUGGCGAGGAGGCCUGGAGAACUCAGGAGUUUUCAGGCCGUGCUGCCUCCGGAGCUCUGGAUCCACUUGGCCGUGGUGGCCUGCGGCAAUCGGCUGGAGGAGACCCUGGUCAUGCUCAAAUCCGCCAUACUCUUUAGCCACAGGAAGAUCCAAUUCCACAUCUUCACGGAAGACUCUCUGAAGCCUGAGUUUGAUAAGCAGUUACGACAGUGGCCUGACUCAUAUACAAAGAAGUUUGAGCACAGAAUCUACCCCAUCACGUUUUCGGUUGGAAACCCUCAGGAAUGGAAGAAAUUAUUCAAACCCUGUGCUGCUCAGAGACUCUUUCUUCCGGUGAUUUUAAAGGAUGUGGAUUCACUUCUCUACGUGGACACCGACGUUCUCUUUCUGAGACCCGUUGAUGACAUCUGGAAGCUUCUGAGGCAGUUUAAUGCCACGCAGCUUGCCGCCAUGGCCCCUGAGCAUGAAAUCCCCAAGAUUGGCUGGUACAGCCGCUUUGCUCGGCACCCUUUCUAUGGCUCUGCGGGAGUUAAUUCAGGAGUCAUGCUGAUGAAUUUAACUCGCAUAAGAAGUGCUCAGUUUAAGAACAGCAUGAUUCCAAAAGGCUUGGCUUGGGAGGACAUGUUGUACCCUCUGUACCAGAAGUACAAGAAUGCCAUCACGUGGGGAGACCAGGAUUUAUUAAAUAUUAUUUUUUAUUUCAAUCCAGAGUGUCUCUAUGUGUUCCCCUGCCAGUGGAACUACCGUCCCGAUCACUGCAUGUACGGAAGCAACUGCAAAGAAGCUGAGCGGGAAGGAGUGUCUGUCCUGCACGGGAACCGAGGCGUCUACCAUGACGAUAAGCAACCCACUUUCAAAGCGCUCUAUGAAGCAAUACGGGAUUUUCCCUUUCAAGAUAAUCUCUUUCAAUCCAUGUAUUACCCGCUCCAGCUGAAGUUUUUGGAGACUGUUCACACUUUAUGUGGACGAAUCCCACAAGUGUUUUUGAAGCAAAUUGAGAAAACAAUGAAAAGGGCUUAUGAGAAACAUGUCAUCAUCCAAGUGGGCCCCAACCAGAUGCACUGAAUAUUUUUCAUAUUGUCGCAAGUGGAUUUGGCCUCUCAAGAACAAGGCAACGUUCAUCUUUAAGCUGCCUGGAUCUCUUUCGUGUGAAUAUUUAAUGGUGCUCUGUGACAGUUGCAUUUAAAAGGCCUCGUUACAGUUGCUCAAUUAUUUGCCCCUAAAAGGAAAUAUGCUUUAAUUUUUUUAAAAUUGCUAUUUAUCUCUCUGGGGUUUUUUAAAUUGUAUUAUUACUCACUUAACAUUGUUCAAACAGGUGGAGCUAGCUGUGAAAAGGAACUUUUGUGAGUCUUCCAAUUCCUGUUAAAUGUCUGAGACCACGUCAGUGACAUCUCAUGUGGUAUAUUAAUCUAAUAUUCUUGAGACUCUUUCUAUGCAAUGGACUCCCUCAUAUCCUUGUUAUAAAAGUAAUACAUGCUUGUUGUAAAACAGAAAAAUGUUAAAAACUUGUAGGGAAUACAGAUCCGUGGACCAGAAUCAAAAUUAGAUUAGCCAUAAUCCUACCAACUGGUGAAAAGAUUGUUAUUUUAAUGGGUGGAUGCUCCCAGCCUUUUCUCCCUAUUUCUAUAUUUAUUUGCUGGUUGUCUUUUCCAUUGUAACACAUAUGCGAAACAGGCAGUUUGAGUAAAAGCUGGCCCCUAUGCUGAGAUUUUUCUGUAGAGACAAAAAUUUAGAGAGAAUGAUUAUGUUUACAGUGCUUUAUUUAAAAUACAUCUGGCAGAAGUAUUCAGAUUUCUGCUGAUUGGGCAGUGUUAAAGGAUGGAGCAUAUCUGGGGGUGUUUUUAAAGAAAAGCUGUUUAGAUUAGUGGAAGAUUAAAUAAUAGGAAAUACUUAUGCAACCAGACCUCUGAAAGGAAAUUCGAUAAUUGUGUUAAACCCAAGGGGUCACUUUAACAGAGAUAUGAUUUUGUGUUUACCCACAGACAAAAACAUUUUAUCUCUUACCUUAGUAGGGGUGACCUUCUCUCUUCUUUAAACUCUUGGGCAACAGGUGGAAAUUAAAGGCCAACUUCAAACUUAUGUGUACAGAAUAGAUAGUUCAGCUGAUUCCAUUGACAAGAAAAUUCAACUUCCUACCAGCCUUAGAAAGGUCUCUUUAAAUUUUUUUUCCUCCUCUAGGGUUACCCAGCUGUUAGCCAAGGAACCAGGCAGGUCUUAUCACCUAGCUACAGUGGAGGAAAUUCUAUAGUCCCUCCGAGGGAUCUGACUUAAUCCCUAGUUGCUCCUGUAGCUGGUAUCAGGGUAAGAGUAUUUUGCAUAAGGCUUUAUUUACCUCAAAAAACUUGUGCAGAAAUGAUGUGGUUGUUCACAACAGCCUAAUGGACUUAGUAGGGGCCUGUAUCAUCUCCAUUGGGCAAAUAAAGAAAUUAUAAUACAAAGAAACAAGGACACCCAAUAUAAUUGCUGUUCUGUAACACAUACAGGUAUGGUAAGAUGCAUCCUGUUUUACAGACAAAUUUUUGGAAAUAAAAGUAUUAAAUACUCUUCAUCAUAUAUAGACAGUGAUCUAAAAGCAUAAAAAGAAAAAUAAUAUUUUGAUAAUGCAAAUAUGGUGUUCUAUAUAUUGGAGCCCAGUUGGAUAUCAUAGGUACUAUAUCCACAGGAAAAGCCUUACCCUGAAAAAAUAUAUGAAAAUCUCAACACUCCAAAGAGAUAUAUAGAUAUCAAUCAAUAUUGGUAUACAGAACCCUUAUGGUAGUAACAAAUUCUAAAAUGUUAGAGGAAUGGCCUAUACUUUCCUUUCGAUCAGUUGGGCGGCCUGUGAUUUAUUAUUUUUGUUAAGGAAAUUACCAUUAUGAUGUGUUAUAUUGUUAUAUUUUCUGUUUCCUCAUUUCACCAUUAAAGGUGAUGUCAUUUAUUAUUUUAUAUCUAAAGGCCUUGGGGUAAUUUUUGGAUCCCACAAAUGGGGUUUUAGUGAAAGAGUCAGAAUGUAAACAUGAUUCCCUGACUUCCAUUCCAGUCUUUCUACUCGUUCAGCAUGGCCAGUAAACCCUACAAAUGUCAUUCAGAUUUGUUGGUGACUUACAGGCCUAAAGAAGUCCUUUCCUCCUUCAGUGAGUCCCAUAAAAAAUCUGCUGUAAAGACUUUGAAUACCGCAAUACCUUUUCUUUUAUGAGAGUCUGGUUUACCCACAACUCUUAACUGUUGGUUCUGGUCUGAAUACCCAGAAAAGGUCCAUGAUAGAAUUCUAGAACAUUCUAGAAUGAUGCAUUAUGAGAAUGUGAAACCUUAGAAUUUGGUGUGGUUUUCUGCCUUGGAAUUUCUUCAUAUUAUCCUGAAAUUUGAGGUGAGUUUGGUGGAGAAUUUGGAGAACAUUUGCUCUUCCAAUCCCUGCUGCCUGAACGUGUUAAUUAUUUUCCAUUUAGUAUGUUACUAUGAGGCAGUAUUUUCUCUGCCUUUGAUAAUUUCUAGACAACUACAACAUUAGCGCCUCUGAAAUCUGGGAACUGUAAAUUUUAAUUCAGUGGACCCCUAAAUCAUGCAGUCUGUGGUCUGAAGUUUGUCAAAGGUUGUGUUGUUCCAUAUGGCACAUUGAAUCUACAUUGGGAAGAGCAUGAGACUGGUUCUCUCAUCUCCUCUUCUUGUUUCCUAUAGAAUUCUGGUCAAUGCAUACGACUACAGAGUUCCAUUGGAGAAUGAAAGAACACUUGCCAAUAGCAAAAUGUAACAGUAUUUUUGUAUGCAUGGAGAUUGAGACUUUCUGUAGUAGGGUCACUAGAAAUACUUACAAUAUUUUUCUUGUUAAGUUUUUUUCCAAUACAAAUCUCAGAAAUUGUGACUUAUGUUGAAAAUUUCAACAUUUAAAAAAAAAUUAAUUGGCUAGAAAAUCUGUUUAAGUUUUCCUUCAACUUCCUAAAUGACAAUUUAGCAUUUAGGGCAUAACGCUCCAGCUUCACUAUUUAUUUGAAAUCUCUAUUACAUAUUGAGUGCUUCCAUUGCAAAUUGUUGUGACUAUGAUGGGAUUUAUUAUCAAAGUGGAUAUUUAUAUGGACUCAUCAAGGUUUGAGAGUAUUUAUCUUAUUACACUUACGGUGUUCAUAAAACAAGCAAGCCAUACAAGACCUUAUUGACAUCACAAAAUAGUGAUUCAGUAAUAGAAUAAUCACUCCACCCACCCAGAAGAGAGGACAUGUCCAUACAAAUUUAGAUUUAUGUAUAAAUAUUGCCUGAUAUUUAUACAAAAAAAAGAUAGAUUGCAUUGGAUUGCAUCACGUUGGAUGAGCCAACAUGAACAUGAUUUCAUGACUGAAAAAUGUUGGAUGCCAUGGGGGUACAAAUCAUUAUAUCCUCAUCGAAUGGUAUGGUAAGCAAGCUUUCUUAGGUUUUUCUGUUUCUUGGGUCCUACUCUUUCAUCUUCCUUUUUUUCAUUUUUGCCUUUCCCUUCCUGUCUUUGAUGUAAGCUACUGAGUAGUACCAAGAGCCUUGGCAUUAAUGGUGGGACGACAGAUCCCUGUGCAGGCAGGAGGAUCCCUGUGCAGGCAGAAGGAAGUUCUAAUCCUUAGAUGGAUUCUUUAUGAUAAAAGCUUUCAAAAAUUUUUAAAAUCACACAACACAUACAUAGAUACACACACACACACCCCACAUGCCUUUUAAGGAAAGAGCCCUGGGAAUCCGUCAUGCUCUGUGAAUUGAAGGUUUCUAGAUAGUGACAUCUUAGGUCAACUCAUUUCACAGUUGCAGUGCUGGUGUCUGAAGCUGAUGAGAUUUUGCUGCCAAACGGAGAAAGUUAUCCUCUCUUGAGUCCUCAAGAUAAAGCGCUUGUGUGUGUGCGUGUCACCAUCUGCAUGAACAUGUAAGAGUCGUGCAGUUUCUGCGUCAUUAGGUUUACAUGUUUGUGUUGUCACUGAAAAGUGCGCCAUUGUUUAUAGCUCCCAAGGAGACCCUGCGUGGAUUUUUUUAUGUUGGAAAACUUAUUUUUUAGUAAUUUUUCUUUGGGAAGAAAUAAGCAUAAAAAACACAAUACUCCAAAGAAAAUGAAUUGUUACAGCAAAUUAAAAGAACAAAUAUUAUGAUUUAAUUACUUGUCUUUUUGAACGCCAUCUCCUGUUUUACCUUUUUUUCUUUUUUUUAAUUAAAAGCUUUUAAAAAAGUCA